AUGGUAAAAGGAUUAAAUGAUCCAUUUAUAAAACCCAAAUUGGCAUAUUUUAAGACUAUAGCCGGUCAACUUGAACCUUUUUUGAAACAAUUCCAAAGCGAUGAACCUCUUGGUCCCUAUCUUUACACCGAUUUACAAAACAUUUUACAGUUUAUGAUGAGCAGCUUUGUAAAACCAGAAAUAAUGGAAAAAGAAAAACUUACAGAAAUUGAUGUUUUGGAUAAAAGUAAAUUAAUUGGUGCAAAAAAAAUAAACCUUGGAUUCAGUACAAGAGAAGCUAUUCGCUCUAUUGAUAAAUUUACUGACAAAGAUAUGUUAAUUUUCAGAACCGAUUGUCAAUUAAUUUUACAAACAAUUUGUUUGAAGUUAUUAUUAAAAUCACCUAUUAAGUAUAAGAUGGUAAAAGGUAUAUCAUUUUGUGAUCCAAGCAUAAUUGUUGCAUCUGUAAAAGUGGCAAAUUAUAGAUUUAAAACUUGCUUGGAAAUAUUUGUGGAAAAUCAUUGGGUUAGUGGCAUAGUAGGUGAUAAACUUGAAAGAGAAUUUACUAUUUUGUGCUCAAAUAAAAGUUUUAUAGAAAGAGCAAAACAAUUUUCACGGUAUGAAGUAAGACUUGACAGUUUUUGGACAAAUAUUGCCAUUGUUUUCAACCUAUCAUCUGCAAUGAUGAAUGUUUUAAAAAAAGUUCUGAUAUUUUCACAUGGUAAUGCUUCUGUUGAACGUGGAUUUUCUGUAAAUAAAGAGUGUCUGAUAGUAAACUUACAAGAAGAAUCACUUAUAGCUCAACGUCAUGUAUGGUCGGCUAUUAAUAAGGUUGGUGGUAUAAGUAACAUAGACAUCUCUAAAAAACUUAUAUUGAACGUAAGAAAUGCCAGACAACACUACGAGGAAGCAUUAAAAUUGAAAAAAAAAGCUGAUAGUGAACACAAAGAAAAACUUUCAAAGAAGAAACAUAUUAUGGAUCAAUUACAACAAUUAAGAGAAAAAAAGAUACGUUUAAUGGAAUCUGCUCAAAUAGAAGUGGAUUCUAUUGAGCAAGAAAUAAAAGAACUUAAUAAAUAA